UGGGUGCUCGUCUGGGGCACGGAGAGCCAGGCGAGGUGGGGGCCUCGGCGCGAGGAUGCGCAGAUGUAGGCGAGGAGGCGGCCCGGCAGGCAGAGCCCCGGCCGCGGCCCUGGGUGGGGAGUAGGAGCGGAGGGAGCUGCGCCCGCGGGGCCGGUCUGCGGCCCAUCGCGCCGCCCCUUUCCCGGGGCCCUUCCGCCGGCCCUGGGCACUCGCCGUGCUAGGAAGCCUGCCCGCCCCCGGGCCGGGGGGAGCGCACCGGAGGAAGAGGAAGAUCGAGAGCGGCGGCAACGGCGGCGGCCGGAGGAGGGAGGAGAGAGGGGGAGCCAGAGGAAAGGACUAGCCCGCGGCUGCAGCCCCCGCUCCCCGCCGCGCGAUGGAGGCCCCGGAGCAGCAGCAGCGGCAGCGGCAGCGGCGGCGGCGGCGGCGGCGGCAGCAGCAGCAGCAGCAACAGCGCAAGCAGCGGCGGCGGCUCUAGCCCGGCGGCCCCCCGCCGCGUGCGCCAGUGGCCAUGGCCUUGGUGACCCUGCAGCGAUCGCCCACGCCCAGCGCCGCCUCCUCGUCCGCCAGCACUAGCGAGGAGGUCGGCAGUGAUGAAGACCGAAAAUUAAAUCUCAGCCUCAGUGAGAGUUUUUUCAUGGUGAAAGGCGCUGCUCUCUUCCUGCAACAGGGAAACAGCGCCCAAGGACCGAGGAGCCUCCAGCAGCCCCACAAGCACGCAGGUGACUUGCCCCAACAUCUUCAAGUAAUGAUCAACCUUCUUCGUUGUGAAGAUAGAAUCAAACUGGCGGUACGCCUGGAGAGUGUGUGGACGGACCGCGUCAGGUACAUGGUAGUGGUGUACAGCAGCGGGCGACAGGACACGGAAGAGAAUGUCCUGCUGGGAGUGGACUUUUCCAGCAAGGAGAGCACGAGCUGUACCAUCGGGAUGGUCCUUCGUCUGUGGAGUGACACCAAGAUACACCUCGAUGGAGAUGGUGGAUUCAGUGUGAGCACAGCAGGAAGAAUGCAUGUCUUUAAGCCGGUGUCUGUCCAGGCCAUGUGGUCUGCCCUCCAGAUUCUGCACAAGGCUUGUGAGGUGGCCCGGAGAUACAACUACUUCCCUGGAGGCAUGGCCCUGGUGUGGGCCACCUACUACGAGAGCUGUAUCGGCUCCGAUCAGAGCUGCAUCAAUGAGUGGAAUGCCAUGCAGGACCUGGAGUCCACGAGGCCGGACUCCCCGGCCCUCUUUGUGGACAAGCCAACAGAAGGGGAAAGAACAGAGCGCCUCAUCAAAGCCAAGCUCCGAAGCAUCAUGAUGAGUCAGGACUUGGAAAAUGUGACCUCCAAAGAAAUACGCAAUGAAUUAGAGAAGCAGAUGAAUUGCAACCUGAAGGAAUUCAAAGAAUUCAUUGACAAUGAGAUGCUUCUCAUCCUGGGCCAGAUGGACAAGCCCUCCCUCAUCUUUGAUCACCUCUAUCUGGGCUCUGAGUGGAAUGCGUCCAAUCUGGAGGAGCUGCAGGGCUCAGGUGUUGACUACAUCUUAAACGUCACCAGAGAAAUAGACAACUUCUUCCCAGGCCUCUUUGCCUACCACAACAUCAGGGUCUACGAUGAGGAGACUACGGACCUCCUCGCCCACUGGAAUGAGGCAUAUCAUUUUAUAAAUAAAGCCAAGAAGAACCAUUCCAAAUGCCUGGUGCACUGUAAGAUGGGUGUCAGCCGCUCCGCCUCCACGGUCAUCGCUUAUGCCAUGAAGGAAUUCGGGUGGCCCCUGGAGAAGGCCUUCAACUACGUGAAACAGAAACGAAGCAUCGCCAGGCCCAACGCGGGGUUCAUGCGGCAGCUGUCUGAGUAUGAAGGCAUCCUGGACGCUAGCAAACAGCGCCACAACAAACUGUGGAAACAGCAGACAGAGAGCAGCCUCCCGCAGGGGGCUGACGACUCCCCCGGCCCUGGUGCCUUUCUGAUGGAGAGCUUAGAUGCUGAUCUGGAGGCCCGGCUGGUCACCCUGGACAGCCCCAAGCAGCCUGGGCUCCUGGACAGUCAGGCCCCCGGAGGCCCAGCUUUCCCCUACUGCUACCACCAGCUCCCAGACCCCCUGCCCAAUUCCUCAGGCAACGGGAGCGACUUGAUCCAGCUGGAGGAUUUGGAGAGAGGUGCUCUGCUGGGAGAGGCAGUGCUGGAACCAGCCAGGCAUCCCCGGAAAGGGUCUGGUUUGUGCGACAAGGAGGGCAGGAAGAAGCUGGAGUCUGGGGUCCCCGGGGCACCAAGCGGCCCCCUGGCCCAAGUGGAGGAGAUGGAACGGGAUGAGAACCCGGGGGCCGAGAGGCGGGCCCAGCCCCUGAGCCAGCCGCCGGGAAACCGCCUUCACCUCAGAGAAAACAUCAAUAACAACAACAGUAAAAGGAGCUGUCCCGAAGAUUUUGGGCAUGAUGCCAUAUUUGGAAUCCUUAACAAAGUGAAGCCUUCCUACCAGUCCUGCGCUGACUGUAUGUACUCCACCCCGAGGGCAGCACCAGAGACUUUCGGGGAACAGUGCGAGAAACUCAGCUCCCCUGCCAUCUGUACCCAGCCCUCCCUUCUGCCCCAUCUCACACCUUCCCCAGUGGACCUAGCAUCCAGCAAGUCCCGGCUUCUGGAGAGACCCUCUCCAAGUCCUGGAGAGAGCUCCCCAGCCCUGCUCCCGGCUUCCUUCGGCAGACUGGAUGCUGGCAGCAGCGGCAAGCCUGCCGAGGAGCCUCCAGGCGGCCUCUCGGACCCUCCCAAGGAAUCUCAGAAAGUCCUGGCAAAGUCACUAGGCCUCCUGAAGAACUCUCACUGUGAAAAGAGCCUCCCUAGCCUGGAGGUGGUCAAAGAAGACCCAGCCUCCAAGAAGGAGGCCAAGGCCACCAAGGAUCUGAGGCUCCUCUUGUUCAGUAAAGAGUUGGCCAAGCCCACGGCCAGCAGCUACCUAAUGCAGCACCAGGAGUCCAUCAUCCAGCUACAGAAGGCGGGCUUGGUCCGCAAGCACACCAAAGAGUUGGAGCGCAUGAAAGGGAUCCCCGCCGAGGCCGCGUCCCCGCUCCGAGACAGCCUCACCAGCAGCAGGCUGGAAGCCAGCAUCCCCGAGGAAUGCCAAGAGCUGCUUCCCCCCCAAGGCGGGGCAUGCCCCUUAGCGUGCCCUCCUUCCCCUGGCGAAGCGGGGGGUGACUCUGAGAAAUUGGAGGCUGCCCUCCCUCUGGAAGGGGCCUCCCAGAAGAGCUCCGGGCCCUCCUUCCUCUACCGGCUGGAUCACACCAGCAGCUUCUCAAAAGACUUUCUCAAGACCAUAUGCUACACUCCCACCUCCUCUUCCAUGAGCUCCAAUCUGACGCGAAGCUCCAGCAGCGAUAGCAUCCACAGUGUGCGAGGGAAGCCGGGCCUGGUGAAGCAACGGACCCAGGAGAUUGAAACUCGCCUCCGGCUAGCCGGCUUAACCGUCUCCUCUCCGCUGAAACGCUCCCACUCCCUGGCCAAGCUCGGGAGCCUCAACUUCUCCUCAGAAGAUCUGUCCAGCGAGGCAGACAUGUCAACCGUUGUGGACUCCCAGGACACCCAGCUAAGUGAAUCCUCCUUCUCACAGGAGCCCCAUUCGGCCCCUAGGAACCCACCCAUGACCUUGAAAUUGUCCGGGAAGCCUUCUCCAGGAAGCUUGACAAGUGCCCCGUGGAUGGGCAGAAGCUGACCCUGACUUUUGUCGGCCUUCCUCCCCGCCCCUCUGACUCAUAUUUUCACAUGUUCUCCCCAUUUCUUGUGGUCAGCUCCUGACAUCUCGGUUUAUUAUCUAAAACUGAAAUUAUUUUAAGAUUCCCUCCUCCUCUCUCAGGCCAUAGCUGAAGGGGUUCGUGGGUGGGGAAUCAAUAACAAAAUAUAUAGCACAAGAAAACUAGUAGACACCGAAUAGUCUGGAAGAUCCAGGAAUUUCCUACAGGUCACACAACUGAAAUACCCAGGCUGUCCAUUUCCAGAAUGAUGGUAUUGGAGAAGCAAAUCACUCAUCAGUACCCCACUGGGUUCCAGAGCCUGCUGAAAUGCAAAGUAAUCACGGUGAUCCCAUCAUGGUGAUCCCAUCAUGGCGAUCCCAUUAUGGUGGCCACAGGGAGCCCCACCUCAUUUGGGCUCUUGUGGGAAGACUCUUCUAGGGCGACAUCAUUUCUACCUCUGUUCUGGCAGGGUUUUGUUAUUUUGUUUUUUGUCUCAUUUUGGGUUUUUGUUCUUGUUUAAAAAACAAAGAAACAAAAACAAUAUUCUGGUAACCCCCAAGGCUCGUUCCUGAAAAUGACCACAUCAGAAGGGACUUUUCCAAAACAAGCAAAAAAUGUGGUUUUUCUGGUACCCCAAAUCAUGUUAGAGACAGAACCUCUCACAACGUUUCAGAGUAAUGAUGAUAGAAAAUGAAAGGAAGAUGUGGGGUACUGGGGUGCCUGGGCAUUGCCCAGAUUGGUUGGCCAGGUUUGAUCCCAUUGAGGAGCAGCAUCUGGCGUGCAGGUUGUAUUUUUAGAAGAGUAGGUGGGCAGGGGGAUGGGUGCCACCUUCUAACACUGUCAACACUGGCCACCCAGGCUUGGAGGUGAAGAAUCCCACCAUCUGGUCUCUCCUGAAUUCUCUUCUUAUACUGAUCUGAAUGUCUUGGAAUUUCAUGUUUUGAAAACUCUGGUGUCCCUGGAUCAGGGGUCCUGUGGACAGAUGAAUCCUAGGUUUUCUCAGUCUUCCUGCUGUGGUUUCUUCAUGGAGACCUAAGAAAAUACCACCCUCAGGAAAAGGGCCAGCCCUCCCCGCUGCAUCCCCUACAUCCUCCAUGAGGGUUUCCAUCCUUCCUAACCGAUCUGCAAGGGUAGGAAAGGGAGAGAGAAGGGGACGAGCAUUUAUUAAGCACCUACUCUGUACCAGGCAUUCGGCUAAGUGCUUUACAAAUACUAUCUCAUAAUCUGUCCUGAUAUCACCAGGUCCUUGGGGGCACUUCUGCUGCCUUGGGUCAUUAGCAUUCAGCAGCUCAGGGUUAGCAGUUCACACUGAUUUCCCAUAUCAGGAGUAGAUGGAGGCAAUUGUGGGGCCUUUAUUUGGGUUUUGUUUUGGUUUGGUUUUUUUUGGUGGGUCAUUUUUGAAUUUCUUAUGGUUUCCUCCCAGGGCAUCUGGGAACAGAUUCUCUGAGACAAACGAGCAGUUCCUUGAAGAACUUCAGAGAUGUUUACAUAUGUUCCCUAUCAGCCACAAAAGGAGUCCUUGUAGAAUGAGGGGGUAGAAUUAGUGACCUCUGCUCCCUUGGUCUCUGACAUGCAGGGUUCUGUGUUCUCAGGGCCCUUCCAGAUCCAGGGUUCUGUGCUCUGCUGGCCCCAAUCCUGUGCUCCUGUGAUUCCAAGGCCCUUGAUAGUGAGGGCCGUAGGGGUGGAUAGUAAAGCUCAGAUCUUACUUAAAGUGGCACAGGGGUCGGGUUUGAGAUCAGAAACCAGAUCCUUAGAUUCUAAUUCAUUAUCCCACUGGAGUGUGGUCCAGCAUUGCAGGGCUCUGAUUAUAAAGCCCCUCCCAGCCCUUGACAUCCCCUGUUCUAAGGCUCCUCCCAGCCCUGACAUUCCCUGUGCUAAGGCCCCACCCAGCCCUGACAUCCCCUGUUCUGAGGCCCCUCCCAGCCCUGACGUUCUCUAAUGGCCUUUCUAGCUCCAACUUUCUAUGUUCUGUAAUUCUAAAUUCUCUCCCAUCCCUCAGUUCUAAUGCUCUUCUUUUUCUUUUUCCUCUCUACCUCACUUCAUUAAAAAUGGAUGAAGAACCA